GUCGGUCACAGAACGUAUUAAAACGCCGUUCUUCUGGUUGUUGUUUUGAAUACAGGACAAGUAAAAGGACUUAUGUAUAAUGAUUACAUUAAUUAAGUGGUACGAGUGUCUGUCAUAUAUCCUACUACUACAAAUUUAGCCAUGAAUAUUAACGUGUUACUGUUGUCAUACAGUAAGUUACACAUUUAGUAUGAUUAGCGUUGGUAUUUUUUGGUAGAAUAAAAUAACGAUAGACAGAAGCGUCAGGGUGAUAUAUCAACAGCAGUUAGCGCUAAAACUGCCAUCUGAAGUAGAAGACAGAAAUGUGGGGAGAAAUCGAGCCAUGUAUCAAACCCCAGGAGGGAGAAAACAUGAGCAGCUGUGGGACAAGACAGAGAUGGACAGACUCUGCACAUGUACAGCAGAAGACAGCAAUGUGGGGCGAAAUCCAGCCAUGCCCUAAACCUAACCCAUCUGACAACUGCAAUGAACCUGCUGCUGAGACAGAUGUCAAGGAGGCCCACAACACAACAAGCAGCUCUCCAAAUCAAAAGGAGCAGCCAUCCAGCUGUCUCAGCUCAGUGAUCGCGGCUAUAGCAGCCAGUGGGAGUCCAGUGAAAAGCCAGCAGCUGGGAGAGCCAGAUUUAACUCUGCAGGAGAAGAAGGAGGUUUUAAUGGAUCAGUACAAAUCCAAGUCCUUGGUAUUUCUGGAGCGCUAUCAGGCCCAUCUGAAGCCAGAGCACAUAGAGGCUUUCUCACACCUGAGCAGUGACUGCAGAGCGCAGUAUUACUGCAGGGAGAUUCAGAGACGCAGCACAGCCAGCACAACCGACCGGAAACGGGUCCGUAACCAUCGUUAUGCAGCUCUCCGUGCUCUUCAGAAGGAGGGCCAGUACUUCAGCGAGGAGCAGAUGCGUGUGCGAGAUCUGCUGCUAUACGAGCAGUGCAUCGGACAGUACCUCAGCGAAGAGGAGAUCCUGCAGCGCUCAGAGGAGGCCAUGAGAAGCGGCCCGGGGGGACUCGCUGACCUGCUUAUCAACUCCUACCAGGAGAAACUGAUCCAGAGCCGCCUGGAGGAGGAGCAGGAGAGAGAGCAGUGUGCAGCGGAGGAGUCUGAGGAGGAAGAAAGUGACGAGCCCAGACAGGUAGAGUGGGAGCCGAAUGCAGAAGAGAAAGCCAUGCUGAGAGAAGAGUUCCUCGGUCAAAUGCAUCAGCGCUUCCUGGAUGGCAAAGAUGACUUCAACUACAGUGAAGUGGAUGAGAAUCCAGAUUAUGAUAACCUAGAUAUUGUAAGCCAUGAUGCAGAGGAGCACUACUUUGAUAAAGAUGAUGAGGAGGAGGAGGAGGAAGAAGAGGAUAUGAUGCAAUAGCCCUUAAUGUAUAUAAUGUUCUCAUAACAGAAAAAAUUAUUUUGAUUUUUGUACAUUCUUAAUCAUAUUUCUACUGCUUGAUAUUUGUUUGUGUAGGUUAAAUGUGAUUAUCAGCACUUUGUUGUCUUUAAUAAAAGAGUACUAUUUUUCAA